AAAUGACGUUUCCCCGAACUUUCACUUUUCACCCUCUUUCUGGGGAAAGGUUGAGGACAUCGCGACUUCAUAUCACGAUUGAGAAGGAAUGGCCUCUGCGGCUUCUGGUUCCCAUGGUCUAAGUAACGCACCGAAAGCGUGGUAAUUAGGAGGAAUUCCCAAAGAUCCACUAACCGCAAUCAUCAACAACAGAGGUUUUGGUCACGAGGUUGACGGCUAAGACGAAUCCGAUCUUGUAAGUGGCAGGGGAUCAACGGCUAGUGUCGGGCCUCCUCACACGGCUGUCUCAAGCAACCUCGGGAAGAUGGACGAUAACCUAUUGGCGUGGGAAGCACUACCCAGAUCUCGAAAAAGGUAGGACAGUGACGGUCUAGCAGACAGAGACGGGUUGGGAUUUCUCUGUUCGGCUUAUUGUCAGUUUUUGUUUCUGUUGUUUCCGUGUGCUCUUCUCCUCCGUCUUCACUCUUUUAGUUUAUCUGUUCUUUUCGGAGCUCUUUGAGAGAGCAAUCGCAAGUUUCCUUGAGCCAUCUCUUCCAACACAUUCCCAAAAUCACCAUGCGAUCCAUCAAACGGACUUCACGCCGUCUCCCGGCCUCUUUGCGCGCCGUUCCCACCUCUGUACCUGGCUUGGGAGCCCGCUUCCUCUCGACAACCGCCCCUACCUCGUCGACAGUCACGAUCAAUGGCAGCACAGAUACGUCGGUAACUCCCAUUUCAUCCGUUCUCAUUGCGAACCGUGGUGAGAUAGCUCUCCGCGUUGCUCGAACGGCGGCGUCUAUGGGCAUCCGCACCACGACCCUCUACACUGAUAUCGAUGCCGCUUCCCAACAUGCCAAGUGCACCCCCUAUGCCCUCUCCCUCGGCGCUCCCUCGGCCUACCUCGAUGGGCCACGCAUUGUUGAGCUCGCAAAGCAACAUGGCAUCCAGGCUCUCCACCCGGGUUACGGUUUCCUGAGCGAGAACCCUGCCUUUGCCAAGGCCUGCGAGGAGGCCGGUAUUGUCUUUGUCGGUCCUCCCGCCAAGGCCAUGACCGACAUGGGCGACAAGGCCCGCAGCAAGGAGAUCAUGAACGCCUCCGGCGUGCCAUGCGUCCCUGGCUACCAUGGCUCCGAGCAGUCUGUCGAGCAGCUCAAGGCCAAGGCCGCCGACAUCAAAUACCCCGUCUUGCUCAAGAGCGUCAAGGGAGGUGGCGGUAAGGGUAUGCGUAUUGUGCGCAACGCGGACGAGUUCGAGGCCCAGCUGAAGAGCGCAAGGGCUGAGGCACGCGCUAGCUUUGGUGAAGGUGGUGAGGUGAUGCUCGUGGAGAAGUACAUUGUGCGGCCCAGGCACGUCGAGGUCCAGAUCUUCGCUGAUCGUCAUGGUAACUGCGUGGCCCUUGGCGAGCGCGAUUGUAGUGUCCAAAGGAGACAUCAGAAGAUCCUCGAGGAGAGCCCUGCACCCUUGUUGGACGAUGUAACACGGAAAGAUCUAUGGGACAAGGCAAGGAAGGCUGCCCUUGCUGUGGACUACGUGGGCGCCGGCACCGUCGAGUUCAUCUUGGACAAGGACACCAACGAGUUCUACUUUAUGGAAAUGAACACUCGCCUCCAGGUAGAGCAUCCCGUCAGUGAGAUGGUCACGGGUACCGACCUUGUCGAGUGGCAGUUUAGGGUUGCUGCCGGCGAGAAGCUUCCCUUGACCCAGGGCGAAAUCGAAGCCAGGAUUCUGGAAAGAGGUGCCGCCAUCGAGGCCAGGAUAUACGCUGAGAACCCGGAGAAGGGCUUCUUCCCUGACUCAGGCACUCUGGUACAUCUCUCAAAACCUCAAACAAACGAAGACGUCCGCAUUGACGCCGGCUUCGUGGAAGGUGACACCGUUUCUGAGGCCUACGACGGGAUGAUCGCCAAGCUUAUCGUCCGGGGCAAGGAUAGAGAGACGGCCAUCCGCAAGCUCGAACUGGCCUUGCGCGAAUACGAAGUUGUCGGGCUGAGCACAAACAUUGAGUUCCUCAAGAGACUCUGUAACAGCCAAGCCUUUAUCGAAGGUGAUGUCGAGACCGGGUUCAUCGACAAGUGGAAGACAGAACUGUUUGAAGCCAAGCCUACCUCCAAUGAUGUGUUCGCCCAAGCGGCCCUUGGUCUCCUAGGCACCCAGACACAAAAUGUCCCUGCUGCACAUGGUCAGGCCCUCGGCUUCGGCGAAGCCACUACCCAGAACUCGCGCAAGUUCGCGUUCCGUGUCCAAGACGAUGCCAGUACCGAGGAAGGCAAGAUCGUCGAGGUUGAAGUUGCGCAGCUGAACAACAAGCUGUUCACCGUGUCCGUCCGCAAGGAGGGCGAUGACAAGCCGCAAGUGUUUGAGAAUAUUGUGUCCAAGUCAACUUCUACAACGGCCCCGACCUCAUCAGCGAAGAAGACCAAGCUGACUACGUACUUCCCUCUUGCGAGGGUCGACACAACAUUGGUCCAGGACCCUGCGGAUAACGAGAAGUUGACGGUCUUCCAGCUUGGUCACAAGACUCAGCUCAGACUCGUCAGCCCAGUGUGGUUUGAUAAGGCGCUGGGCUUGAAGGAAGUUGCGGCUAGCGUGGUGGCGCCGAUGCCUUGCAAGAUUUUGAGGAAUGAAGUUGAAGAGGGUCAGCCGGUGGAGAAGGGUGCCCCGUUGGUUGUUAUCGAGUCGAUGAAGAUGGAGACGGUUAUUCGGUCGCCCCAGAGCGGCGUAAUCAAGAAGCUGGCACACAAGGAAGGAGAUAUCUGCAAGGCUGGAACGGUGUUGGUCACGUUCGAAGAGACUGAGGAGAGCGCUUAGAUGCUUUGGGUUGGAGAGUUACGAACGAAUAAUUUACUGGGGAAUUCGUGUUGUUAGGUCUACCAAGGUUUAUUCUUGGACAUCAUGGCAUAAUACAGGAGUUAUAGCAUACUUUUGAAAACUUUACAAUUUGCAUUGUUAU